AUGUCCCUGUUUAAAUUUCUGGCGGUUAUAUUGGCAACCUGUGGCAGCAACUGUGGGCUACCGACGAAACCACUUCACUACGCGGAAUCUUUGAAAGAGUUUAAAGUGACUGAAAAAAUAUUUACAGAUGUAAUAUUAUCAAUGGCUGAAGGUAUACCGCACCUGGGAGAUUACAGACGUCAUUACUCUGAAAUUACACAUUCUAUCUACCAUAUAGCCACUGUAUUGGCACACAAUUGUAAUCAAAUCGACACAAAGGACUUAUAUGACAGACUUGUAGAAGAAGCAGUAGCAGAAGUAAUUGGUAAUCCAAGAGAAGUAGUAGAAACCACACAGCAGUUUUUCGAUGAUUUCAACGCAAAAACAACUGCGAUUCAAAACUUGAUAAACAUCAGUUGCGCUGCUGACAUUAACGAAAGAGAUUGCGAUGAAGUUAUCCAAAACUUCAUUCUCGAUGAUCCGGAGAAAUAUGCGACAGAGGCCAACAUUAUUUUGAUUGCCGGUGAAUCUGCUAAAGCAUUCAAUAGUAAUUCGGACAAAUUUAACUACAUAUCAAAGGAACUAGAGGCACAUAAAUUCGUUUCAAAGCAAUCUGCAGAACUGAAGAAUGUUGUCGAUGCACUUACGAAAUUGCUUUAUGUUAUGGACCCGACUAACCCACCAUGCUAA